AUGAAGUCAGAGGAUUAUCUGAUUAAUUUAACCUGCAAGGUAAUCUUCCUUGCUCUUAUUGGACCUGGCACUGGAGGGAAUUCCUUUUUGAUUGUGAAGCAUGUGUACAUGGCCAUCACGGAUUUUCAGAAAAAGCCCACAAAUCUUAUUCUCAUCCAGCUGGCUUUUGCUAACAUGCUGAUAAUCUGUGCUGUAGGAAUUACAGAUAGAUCAGUUUUUCCUUUCAGUGGCUUCCUAGGUAGUGUUGGCUGUAAAACUGUGGUUUACCUGGGAAGGGUGGCCCGGGGCCUUUCCAUCUGCACCUCCUGUCUCCUCAGCAUGGUCCAGGCCGUCACCAUCAGUCCCAGGACCAUGCUGUGGGGCAAUCUCAAACCACGAACCUCAUGGCAAAUUCUUCCCUAUCUUCUCCUCUGUUGGAUCAUUAAUUUUCUGAUAAGCUCCAACUUGCUGCACUAUGUCACAUCAGUCAGCAGCAUGAACAGAUCUGUGAUUGGAAUGCAUGCUGGUUAUUGUUAUUUCCUGCCAUCCAGGCAAAUCAUCAGGUGGCUUUUCCUCUCUCUCAUGGCUCUUCGGGACGUCAUCUUCCAGUGUCUCAUGGGCUGGAGCAGUGGGCACAUGGCUUUCUGUCUGUAUGAGCAUCACAAGCUUGUGCUCUACCUGCACAGCUCCAGGAUGGCAAAGAAUUCCAGCCCAGAAAUCAGAGCUACGCUAAGCACUCUCAUUCUCAUGACCUGCUUCCUUUUCUUUUAUUGGGCAGAUUUCAUUUUCUCCUUCUACAUAGGGUCCAUGGUAACACAUGACUUCACAAUCCUAAAUAUUAAAAAAUUUCUAGGACUGGGUUACACAGUUCUCAGCCCCUUGGUGCUUAUCAGCAGAGAUGCCCAUAUGGUAAAAUGCUGGCACGGUCACUGA